GGGGGAGGAGACAGCGGCGGCGGCGACCACCACAGGGGCUAAUUGCCACCCGGUCCGGCGUGGGGAUGUCGAAGCACACGGUGUCGUCGGCCCGGUUCCGAAAGGUGGAUGUGGAUGAGUAUGACGAGAACAAGUUCGUGGACGAGGAGGACGGGGGCGAGGGCCAGGCAGGGCCCGACGAGGGCGAGGUGGACUCGUGCCUGCGACAAGGGAACAUGACAGCUGCAUUACAGGCAGCUCUGAAAAACCCUCCAAUCAACACCAAGAGUCAAGCAGUUAAGGACCGAGCAGGCAGCAUCGUCCUGAAGGUGCUUAUCUCUUUUAAAGCUAAUGAUAUUGAGAAAGCAGUGCAGUCUCUGGACAAGAACGGUGUGGAUCUUCUAAUGAAGUACAUUUAUAAGGGCUUUGAAAGCCCCUCAGAUAAUAGCAGCGCUGUGCUACUGCAGUGGCAUGAAAAGGCACUUGCUGCUGGAGGGGUAGGGUCCAUCGUUCGAGUCUUGACUGCCAGGAAAACAGUUUAGUCCAGCAAAAAGUGGGCACCUGCCACGGCUAUGGGAGUUGCUGGUACAAAGACCAAAACAGCCAAAUGCCGCUGCUGCCCUGUGGGGAGCGUCUGCGUCUCUCAGCUUUGCCUUCUUGCUUCUUUUUUCAUAUCUGUGAAGGAAAAAAAUGCAUAUCGGUUUUUUCUUUAGUUAAAAAUUGGGGUAAUGUAGAGGUGCAGUUUUGUUUUAACAGGCAUAUUUGAUGCUCUCAAAACUGUUUCAGUCACACACACACACACACACACACACACCCGUGUAUAGAGUGAUUUGCAUUCAAAUAUACUUGUGCAGUUUUAACCCCUGUUAGCUGGAUCUUUCAAACUGAUACAUUGGUAUUUGAUCAAAACCUGAGGGCAGUGUCUUAAUACAUUGCCAAUCAGGCAGUAUACCUUAAAAGAGAUGUUUGAAAGACUGGCAGCUAUUAAUACAGCAAAACUGGACCAACUUCUGGUCAAGAAGAAUGUAUUACUGAAACAGAUUUUUUUUUUAAAGAAAAUACACACACCUUGCAGCUUUGGUUCUCUUUGCAUCCAGAUUAUCUAUGUUGUGAGUUGUGUGUUCUUUCUCUCAGCAUCUGCUAUUUAUAUCUUCUCAGUUUCUUUGACUAUUCAGGAUCCAGAACAAGGGGUCAUCAUAUAUUCAGAAAUAUCUGCACAAUAUUACUGCCUGACUAGCAUAAGCAUAAAGCUUUUGCCCCCGUGGAAUGGCCCUGUUUAAGGGAACUGUGAUCCUAAUGGGAAAGGAAAAUGGGAAUCGUGAUAUGAUUCAUGUCCUGGGCAGCACCUGAGUAAAAUGCUAUUUCUACAAAAAGCAUAGUAGCUGCCUUUGACAGUGUGAAAUGUACAACUGGUAUGUGCCCUAUAGUUGUCUCUCUGAUCAGUGUUCUUCAGGUAGUUGGGAUCUCAAAAGAUUUGGUUCUGAUCCAAACACAUACACAUUCCGUGUAUUAUUAUAGUGUUUUGUUUUUAAGAGAAACAGCCACACAACAAAAAAGUGUUUACUUUGUUGGAUAAACCAAAUCAAUUCUCUCAGAAAUGACAGGUGCUUUUAAAAAGCUAUUCUUCAGGAACUCUAGAGCAAACCACCUGGGACCACCUGAAUGCAUAUGACCAGGAGGGAAACAGCCUGUGUCUAAUACUUACGUCCGACACCAGUUCACAUAUCGGUUAUUUCUGUGAAAACUGGUGCAGAAUUUCAGAAAACUCUUUGCUGUUUUUGAUACCUGCUUUUUUUUUUUUGUAAAAAUGAUGAAGUUCUGAAAAUAAAUUGUCAUUGUUGAAUAUUUUA